CCUGCUUCAUAUCUAUGUCUUGGUCCGCUGAGACGCAACGAUCCGGGUUUGGCAUUCCAAGAGUGUGAAUGCGUCCUGGCGGCAUGCAGCCCCGACUGUCAGCCGAGUGACACCACGGCGCCGCACCGCCUUGGAUACAAUCUGGCCAUCCCUUCUCUUUUCCCCCUUCCUGGACACCGAGAACAUCCAAAAACGUACUUGCGAGAGUCUUAGAAAAAGAGGCACUUGUGCAGGACACAGGCGAGACCAAAGCAUAGACCUAUACGCUAUCCUCAAAAUGACGGCACUGGCAGACCCAAUCGACCGCAUCGUAGCCGGAAAUCGCGUGUUCGCACAGAAAACAUCCGAGGCAAAUCCGAAUGCAUUCCUCGAGCUCACAAAGGGCCAGUGGCCCGAGAUCCUGUGGGUAGGCUGCGCUGACAGCCGCAUCCCGGAGACGACCGUCUGUGACUGCAUGCCCGGCGACAUAUUCGUGCACCGCAAUAUUGCGAAUUGCGUACAUCCGGACGACGUUAGUGCCGCCUCGGUCGUUGAGUAUGCCGUCACGCAUCUCAGGGUAAAGAAGGUGGUCGUGUGCGGGCACACCAAAUGCGGCGGAGCCAUUGCGUCUCUCAGCGACGCCGACUUGGGAACGACGCUGAACACAUGGCUACACCCUGUGCGAGAGCUCCGGCGCAAGCACAAGGCCGAGCUAGAGAAGCUGCCGGACAACGACGCCCGAGCUGUCCGGGUCGCAGAGCUCAAUGUUCUCCAGGCCAUCGACGUGCUCAAGCAGCAUCCUGCUGUGAAGAAGGCUGCUUCUGAGCGUAAUCUCACACUACACGGUAUGAUCUAUGACCUCGGUAAAGGACAGCUACGUGUGCUCGAGGUGACUGGCGGAAAGAAGGGGAACGGCCUCUGGAGCCCCAAUUAGAGUCACGACGAAGAUAAUGACGGAGUCUGGUUAUAUGUAUUUUAGCGUGGUGUUGUGGCUGGUUUUGUCGUGCAACGACCGCACAGGGACGACUCGCGAACGCAGUUGUCGCCAUGAUUUACAACAAUAAAUAGGGUGCUCGCUAAUCUGUUGCAUUAAUUACCAUUUCCACGGAUCCUAAAAAUGACGUAUGCAGGGUUUGCUGAUCGCAAGCGCGGACUUAGCGGAUGGACGGCGCUCACCACCAUACGUAGGGCACACCUCGGGCGACAGAUACGGCCA